AUGGCCGCCGAAACGCCCAAGACAGGGCACACCGCUCCACUUGAGCCGAGACCCAUUCCCGCAAUCCCAUGGGAGCACCAAAGACCACCUCCCCAAGAAUUGGAUCCAAAGGCCGAAGAAUUCCGAUGGGCAUACCACCGAGUCAAGCUGGUCAUCGAACUGUUGGAGUUCCGAUCGCAGAAGAAAAGGUCACUCUUUCGCGACGUACCGACUAGGCUCCGCCAAGCCCGACAGAAAAAGCGCACAAUGAAGAUGAUGAUAAUUGAGGCACACCGACAGUACAAGGAGCAAGAGAUGAUGGAUGGCGACGGGACGGGGACUCAAAUCAGGGAGGAAACGGUCUAUGAUACGGCUGAAGCAGGAGCAGGGAUGCCAACGAGAUUGAAAUUCACAGAUUGA